AUUAAAAUGGCUUCCAGAGGAAAGACAGAGACAAGCAAAUUAAAGCAGAAUUUAGAAGAGCAGUUAGAUAGACUAAUGCAACAAUUACAAGAUCUGGAGGAAUGCAGAGAGGAACUUGAUGCAGAUGAAUAUGAAGAAACCAAAAAGGAAACGCUGGAACAGCUAAGUGAAUUUAAUGAUUCACUGAAGAAAAUUAUGUCUGGAAAUAUGACUUUGAUAGAUGAACUAAGUGGAAUGCAGCUGGCUAUUCAGGCAGCUAUUAGCCAGGCCUUUAAAACUCCAGAGGUGAUCCGAUUGUUUGCAAAGAAACAACCAGGUCAGCUUCGGACAAGGUUAGCUGAGAUGGAUAGAGAUCUGAUGGUGGGAAAACUGGAAAGAGACCUAUACACUCAACAGAAAGUGGAGAUACUAACAGCUCUCAGGAAACUUGGAGAGAAGCUGACUACAGAUGAUGAGGCCUUCUUGUCAGCAAAUGCAGGUACUCUCCUCAGCCAGUUUGAGAAAGUCUCCACAGACCUGG